AUGCAUUCACAGCCUUCUGAUAAAGAUAAGAAACUCAUUAUCAAAACUCUUGUUAGUAAAGAUAGAGAUACUGGAGAUUUCAUUCCACCUGCUCUAAUCAGAGUGUUGGUUAAGGGUUAUGAUUUCAACGAGUUUCCACUCGAAAAAUUCAUGAAUAAUUUAGCGAACAAGAACCAUCCUAUCUUCUUAUUGAAAUCUAAUGGAGUUUGGGUUUUAUUGAGAAGCAAGGAGGCAUUCUUGAAUGUUAUUUGUAGCAUGUUGGAUGAUUUUAGUUUCCAUCACAUUGAUAAGACUGAAUUUCGUAAUUUCCUCAAGCCAUUGAAUGAUGAGAGCAAGUUAAAGUACAACUUUCUCCAUGAAAUCACCCACCUUUCUGGAGAGAAAGAACUAUUGCAAAUGAUGAAGGAUUUUGUUGAAAUGGUUGCUCCAAGGAAAGCCAAAUCAACAAAGAAGCCUCGUUCUAAGAAAUCAAAGUCUAGAACUGAAUCAAGUAUGAAUAGCAGCACUCUUAAUUCCAACACCCAUUCCAAGAAAGAAGAGGAUAUCAAAGCUUCCGAUGAAAUUAUUCUAACUGAAUCAGAGAUGGAGAAUAAUGCUAAUAUUAAUAGCUUUACUCUUAAUACCCAAAAUGUAAUUAUGUUUGACCUGAACGAAGAACCAGAGAUUAGAAAUCCUCCUAUCACAUCUGAUGAUAAUAAUCAAAUUAAUGUAAUGGAAGAAACUCCCGAUAUUAUUAAUCAAGAAAACAUCAAUGAAGUUAUGGUAAUGGAAGAAACAGAGCUGAAUACUUCUAUUGCUCAUUCAAUGAAUGAAGACAAUAACAAUGCUUCCGAUGAAAUCAUUCUAGCUGAAUCAGAGAUGGAAAUCAUUCUUGAGGGAGAGAAAUUAACUGAUGGUGUUGCUGAGGUUUCUAACAAGAAAAAAAUGGGAGAACAAGUGAAAAGUGGUAAUUUGUCCCUAGCAGAUGUUAUGGAGGAACUAAGGAAAAUACGAAACGAAAUCAUGACCAAGUCUGAAUUUAAUACUAAUAUUGAUAGCAUGAAGUCCGAUAUUAAUAAUAUUAAGAAUGAUGUCCACAAUAUGAAGAAUGAUAUCAACACUGUGAGGACUGACAUCAACAAUAUGAAGACAGAUAUCAACAAUAUGAAGACAGAUAUCAACAAUAUGAAGAAUGAUAUCAAAAAAAUUAAUAAUAACGUGGAUAGUAUGAAGACUGAUAUUACUAAGGUGAAGACUGAUAUCAAAAGUAUGAAGAAUGAUAUUAGCAAUAUGAAAACUGAUAUUGAUAACAUGCAAACUGAUAUCCAUAAUAUUAAAAGUGAGAGUAACAUUAUGAAUUAUGAAAUUAAAGAAGUUAAGAGUGAUAUUUCAACUAUUAGGGUAGAGAUAAGGGGUAUUUGUAAAACUACUUGUUGUCUCAAUGUGAAGUGA